CUCACACUCUAUCAUUCGCUCUCUGCCUGCCUAGGCUGUUGCGCUUCGCUGUGUGCAAAUGUUGCCUUCUCGCAUGUUCCCUUCAUCAGUGUCUCUCUAUUACUGAACUUGCGUCAAGCUUAAUUCGAGUGUCUGCUGGACAUCAGGAUGCAAUUUUGAUUGGACGGAGAUUCCAAAUGUCCUUUCUGGGAAUAUAGGACGAUUCGUUACUGUUUCACGGUAGACACCGGUGACUUCAGACGCGCAUCAUCAUGGAUCUCUCAUUUAUGGCUGCGCAGAUCCCUGUCAUGACGGGGGCCUUCAUGGACUCGUCUCCCAAUGACGACUACAGUACCGACCACUCCCUCUUCAACUCUUCGGCCAGCGUCCACGCCGCCUCCAUGGGGGCCCACAGCCAGCAGGAGGAGCCGCAGUCCAUGUCCCGUGACGCCAUCUGGCUGUGGAUUGCCAUCACUGCCACCAUAGGGAAUAUUGUGGUUGUGGGCGUCGUUUACGCCUUCACUUUCUGAUGGUCCGAGCUCUAACAAACUGAGUUAGACACAACAUUUUUUGUUUUGGACUGAGGAGGGAUCGAACUGAUGUAGCUGAAAAAGUGAUUCCCAACAUGGAAUCCUAUUUAAUCAUUUGCAGAUUACAAACAUAGGUUACCGUCAAUUAAGUCUUGGUAAAUGGUGGUCAUGUUAUUAAACCACAUGAAAAGUGCUGCAUAGAUAAUGUAAUAUUAUGUAUCUAUUCUGUUGUAUUAUAUACAUGUUUCUGAUAAAGCUUUGAAUAGUGAAGACAAGGAAUAGUCGAUGGUGAUUAAUAUACUUCUCUCAGAGGUGAUUAAUAAACCUCCAAACUCUUACCCUUGUACAUUCAAAAACAUAUUUUCAACCCUCCAUCUUUCCCCCCCUUUUUACAUCUGUGAAUUAAUCUCAUUAUGAAUUAAAUUGGCUAAAAUGACUUUGACAAACAGGAACAAUGAUUGAUUAAUAUUUUUUGGAAGCUCUCAAAAAUAUCUGGACCAAAACAUUUCACACUUUUUUCUAACAAAAUUAUCCUUGAGCUUUGAAUAGAAAAUACCAAUACAAGGAAAUGUUAGAACUUGGCUGAAUUGAAUGACCAACAUUAUCAGGGCCAUACCCUGUGACCAUGAGUGAAUGUAUACAUUUGACUGAUUUGAGAGGAGACCUUGCCUUCUGAGAAUGCAGUUUAAUAAUUGAGGGUAUAAUAUUUCAGGAUUCUUUUUGUCUUUCUACUCAUCCUCCUCUCCAACAGCCAUAUUACAUUCCAUGUCUCAAUCUUGUAAUGAGUUUUGGAUGAAAGGGGCCUGUUGCCAUAGUGAUGUAUCCCUCUUGUCCCCCUGAAGAAUGCAGACUCUCAUGUUCCCUGUUCAGUACACCUGAUUUAUUGUUUCCCUAUGCACAUCUGUCCCACACAGUUAGGGACACAACAAACACACACAUACACAUCUGUCCUACACAAAUAGGGGCACAACUUAACCCCCCCCCCCACACACACACACACACACACACACACACACACACAAACGUCUGUCCCACACAGCAAGGGACACGUCACACACAUACAUCCUGUACACACACAGCUGGCACACACUGCAGGGGAUACAACUCACACACAUAUCUGUCCCACUCAGAAAGUGACAAAACACACACACAGCAGUCUCCCCGCAGCCUGGGUAGAUUUCCAUAACAUUUCUACAAAUGUUAUUGGAGGAAAUAGGGCUCCAGAGAGCCCAUUUGCACAUGAACAGCAAACCCAUAAUUGAAAUAUAUAUAGUAGUUCAUUCUUUUAACAAUAAAUUUAGAUAAUUCUAUACUUACCUUUAGCCCACAAACAAUUUGUGCAAUUGGUUCAAUCUCAGCCCAGAAAGGAGAUCAAGGGGGUUGGGGGUGUUCAUUCAGCCCUCUGAAGGCAGAAGGCAGUGAGCUCCACAUUAGGUGUGACACAGAGGGCUGAAGGACUAAUGUCUCAGAGGUUCUGCCAGCACACAGCGGAGCCUCCACAGGUCACCCUUGGUGCAUUCAUGAAGUUACUGUGAGAAAAGCCCCUGGAAGGUCUCUGGCAGGUCUCUGGCAGGUCCCUGGCAGGCCCCUGGCAGGCCCCUGGCAGGCCCCUGGCAGGCCCCUGGUAGGCCCCUGGCAGACCCCUGGCAGGCCCCUGGCAGGCCCCUGGCAGGCCCCUGGCAGGCUCAUCAAUUCUUCUCAGAGAGAACACUGUGUAACUGGACUUAUCCACACACCUUGCCUGCAGCCCAGGUGAUUAGUUCGUUUAUUAUUGACCUUGACAAAUUGAUCCUUAUCAGAAAGCUAGAUGAGUAAUGGGGAGGAGGUUAAUGGUACGCCGAUGAACCGAUUGCUGACUUGUGAUUGAUGAACUGGAAAAGCUCACAUUAAAAUGUUUAGAUAGGACUAAUGAAAAUGUGCACCAAUUAAAGUUGUGUGUGGGGGGAGGGAUGUGCGGGCCUGUGAAAUUAUCUGAACAGUCUAAACACAUGACUAAACACAAGAAGUAUAAACACGUUUACAGAUUAUUUGACUCUCUUGAAAUCAGCUAACAAUGUUCGUUCCUGUUUAUACAUAUUUCAAAAACUCUCCAUACAUCCGAUUUUAUUCAUUUAAAAAACAAAAUUGAUUGUCAGCAACUUUUUCAGAUUUGUUGGAUUAAGGGAAGGUAGCUGUCCAGGAACAGAGACCCCUGUUCUAUACUUUAUAUCAUUUGCAGUCAGUAUAAAAGUUGCCAACCCUAUUUGAGUACAAAUUGAUACAUUGCAUUUUAGACUAUACGGUAAAUAGGCACAGGUGUGUUCACCCAAAGCUUACUUCACAUGAACUAUGUUUAUGGUAUUUUGUAUCAAAAGGCUGUUCCUAUUACAGUAAACUCUCAUCAUUCAAUAUAACAUGUCAGGUAUUGUAAUUCACCAAAACUUUAUCUUCUGAGUACUAUGGAAAUAU